ACAUGACAUCCAAAUUAAAAUCAAUUUAAAUUACAGGUUGUAAUGCAACAAAAUAAGAACAACGCCAAGGGGGUGAAUACUUUUGCAAGGCACUGUACAUGAACCAUUCACUCACACAUGACAGAGGGAGUUUGACAUUUUGCGGGACACCUAAUCUUCUUCGCGUCAUAGGGCGACAAAUGUUCUUUGCAGCAGCCCAUUGACGUCACCAAAACAUCCUCUAAAGCCGCGAAUAGAAAAACGAGCUGCUGGAGAGGUAAACAAGAUUCCGCUGUCAUUCAUUCAAACAACGCGAGCUGAUAUGAUGGAUAUUCUUAGCUCCUCUGUGUGGAAAAUGUUAUGACAGGAUACAUCACCGCUAGUCAUACUCUGUCUUUCUAGAAUGGUCGUUGUUUAAGGUCUCAGUUUUUCACAUGCCAGUAAUCCGGUUAGAAGAGAUGUAUUUUUAUAGCUGUCCACGGCUGCUAGACAACUAGCCUAGCUCGUUGCGCCGUAGGAGAGCGGCCGACCUUGACCAGAUGGAUAUCACGAGGCUCGCUGUGGACGCGGGCGCGUUUAUCAACCGAGCUGUUCAGUAUACGGAGGAAGCUCUGGGACAGGCUGAGAAGACAGAGUUGGACAGCCGGUUGGGGAGUCUCCUGGACAGAGCAGAGUCCACUAAGACCUGGACUGACAAAAUCAUCUCACAGACUGAGACUUUAUUGCAGCCUAACCCUGGAUCUCGUUUAGAGGACUUGUUGUAUAAGGGUCUGGAUUGGAGCGCCCCUGAGAGGCCAACCCCCCACGAGCUGCUGAGUGAAAACAUGAUGGACGCUGCUCUGGAACUGGGGAGACACACACCCUACGGUAGUACUCUGAUUAAGUGUGGGGAGUUGGAGAGGCAGAUCGGGUUGGCGAACAAGAAGCUGAUCCAGAGUACAGACAUCAACUUCCUGUCUCCGCUACGGAGGUUUACUGACCAGGAAUACACAGUCAUACAGAAUGAGCGCAGGCAGCUGGUGAAUAAGCGGUUAGAUCUGGACAUUGCAAAGGCCAGACUGAGAAAGGCACAGGAAGCAGACAUCGAGGCCCGGGGUCUAAAUGCUAACCCAUUAGGAGAGGAGUAUGUAGCUCAUGUCUCCUACAUGUUCAGCUUCCUACGAGUCAGAUGGCUGAAGAUGUGGGCCCAGGAAGUCUCUCAGGCAGAGAUGGAGCUGAGGAUCUCUCAGUGUGUGUUUGACCGACAGUCAGAGAUCACCAGACUACUGCUGGAGGGAAUCAACACUACACAUGCUGCCCAUUUGAGAAGCCUGUCUGACUUUGUAGAAGCCCAGGGUAGCUACUACGCUCAGUGUUACCAGCUCACACAGGACCUACACACCCAACUGGCCUGCGCUCCCCCUUUGAUCUGCUACAAUAACAACUGGCACUUAGAAACUAACCAACCCUCAACAGGUAACCUGCCCUUACCAACCAUUCAGCCCCUAGCAACCAGUGACUCUGCAACAACCAACCAGGCAACUAGCCAACCCUUAACAACCACCCAGCCCUUAGCAACAUGUGAGUCUUCGACAACCAUCCAGGCAACUAGCCAACCCCUAUCAACCAACCAGGCAAACAGCCAACCCUUAGCAACCAACCAGACAGCCAAUGAGUCCUCAAAAACCAACAAGUCCUCGACAACCAAUAAGUCCUUGACAAACAACCAGACAAGCAGACAACUCUUAGCAACCACUGGAUUCUCUACAACCAACCAGGCUUUGUCAAUCAUCCAGACAAACAGCCAAGCCCUACAAACCAACCAGGCAACCAGCCAAGCCCUACAAACCAACCAGGCAACCAGCCAACCCCUACAAACCAACCAGGCAACCAGCCAACCCCUACAAACCAACCAGGCAAUCCGCCAACCCCUACAAACCAACCAAGCAACCAGCCAACCCCUACAAACCAACCAGGCAACCAGCCAACCCCUACAAACCAACCAGGCAACCAGCCAACCCCUACAAACCAACCUGGCAACCAGCCAACCUCUGCAAACCAACCAGGCAACCAGCCAACCUCUAGGAACCAACCAGGCAACCAGCCAACCUCUACAAACCAACCAGGAAACCAGACAACCCCUACAAACCAACCCGCCAACCAGCCAACCUCUAGGAACCAACCAGGCAACCAGCCAACCCCAACAAACCAACCAGGCAACAAGCCAACCCCUACAAACCAACCAGGCAACCAACCAACCUCUAGGAACCAACCAGGCAACCAGCCAACCUCUACAAACCAACCAGGCAACCAGACAACCCCUACAAACCAACCUGGCAACCAGCCAACCUCUAGGAACCAACCAACCAACCCUGACAAACCAACCAGGCAACCAGCCAACCCCUACAAACCAACCAGGCAACCAGCCAACCUCUAGGAACCAACCAGGCAACCAGCCAACCUCUAGGAACCAACCAGGCAACCAGCCAACCUCUACAAACCAACCAGGCAACCAGACAACCCCUACAAACCAACCCGGCAACCAGCCAACCUCUAGGAACCAACCAGGCAACCAGCCAAUCCCUACAAACCAUCCAGGCAACCAAUGAGUCCCCAACAACCAAUGUGUUCUCAACAACUAAUGAGUCCUCGAUCACCAACCAGGUAACUAACCAGCCCUCGACAUCCAAUCAGGUAACCAACCAAUCUCUAGCAACCUACCGGACAAACAGCCAGCCCUUAGCAACCAAUGAGUCGUCAACAAACAACAAGAACUCGACAAACAACCAGGCAACCAGCCAACCCUUGAAAACCAAACAGGCAACCAGACAACCCCUACAAACCAACCAGGCAACCAAUGAGUCCCCAACAACCAAUGUGUCCUCAUCAACCAACCAGGCAACAAACCAACCCUUGAAAACCAACCAGGAACUCAUCGAACCCUUAGCAACCAAUGAGUCAUCAACCACCAACCAACCCAUACAAACCAACCAGACAGCCCUUGACAAGCAACCAGGAAACUGGUGCACUUAUGUGGCUAUAUUGAAGCAACAUCUCAAGACAUCAGUCAGGAUGUUAAAGCUUGGUCGCAAAUGGUUCUUCCAAAUGGACAAUGACCCCAAGCAUACAUCCAAAGUUGUAGCAAAAUGGCUU